AUGCAGUUUUAUACGAUGAUGCUGGUUCUCUUGCUGCUGUCAGAGGGAGUGUUGGUGGCGUGCGAUUCCCAUCAGAGGAGGCGGGUGAAGCACGGAGGGUCAACCCUCCUGCAACUCACACCACUUUACUGCUCCACUCCCUCCUCUGCCCAUUCCAUUCUCCUCUGCCUGUUCCUCUCUCUGUUGAAUCCCUUCCUGCUUCCAGAGGGAGUGUUGGUGGCUGUGCGAUGCCCAUCAGAGGAGGCGGGUGAAGCACGGAGGGUCAACCCCAACACCCACCACUGCAUCAACCUACCCGUGCAGUGGAGAGCAAUCGACAAGAAGUGGUGGUGGAGGAUGACUGCAAUGGGUGCUGCAGGGGGGCAGGCCACUUGCGCCUUCUCCCCACCCUUCUUCUCCCCACCCUUCUUCUCCCCACCCUUCUUCUCCCCACCCUUCUUCUCUCCACCCUUCUUCUCCCCACCCUUAUUCUCCCCACCCUUCUUCUUUCUCUCGCCCCUAUUCCUCUCUCACCUGCAGACCCAUGGAGAGCAAUCGACAACAAGUGGCGGUGGAGGUGCAUGGCCGCAGUGGGUUAAGUGGGCAGCCAACAGUGGAGUGGAGGUGCAUUUGCCCCACCUUUACCUCACUCCAUCCCUGCCCUCUCUUUCCUCUCUCCCCACUCUCCCCUCUCUGCCCUCUCUUCCAUUCAGACCAGUGGAGAGCGAUCGACAGGAGGAGAUUGCGAUCAACCCUCCCCAACCUGUGGAGAGCGAUAGACAGGAGGUGGUGGUGGAGGUGCAUGAUCGGAGUGGGUUAAGGGGACAGGCAACAGUGGCUGCCGCUGUGCCAUUGCUUCCAUCUCAUCCCUCGCUUCCCUCUCUGCCUUCUCUCGCCCCACUUCCAAUCAGACCUGUGGAGAGCGAGAGACAAGAGGUGGUGGUGGAGGUGCAUGAUCGCAGCGGGUCGAGAGGACAGGCGUCAGUGGCUGCUUCUACGCUCAUGGACGAAGGGCACCCGGGUGCCCACGUGUCACUGUCGCAGCGCUGCCAUUGGCUGGCAGUGAGGGACACGUGUCAGCAGGAGGUGGCUCGCGUGCAGCUCGCCGUGUCUCUCGUGCCCUGUGCCAGGGACUAUGGCACGCAGUGUCAGCCAAUCACGGAGUCAGCAGCAUACGACUGGGUGCUCGCAGCAGCCAUGGCAGCUCAGGGCUUCCACGCGCGCAACCUCCGCCUCUCCGGCCCCUGGGAGUGGCUCUGCGACCAGUUCGCUACCUGCUAUGGCGUCUCUCCUCAUUACACCAAGCUCAGGUACCUCACGCGAGUGAUGGACGUGGCAACACCAACAGCCGACUGCCUGACUCUGAUUCACCAGCUGCUGGCACCGGUGCUGCAUGCACACGACAGUGACGGCAGCAGUGUGACUAAACAGGAGGCGCGCAUGCUAGCAGACAUGGAGGAGAGAGUGGGCGAUCUGCUUCAGCACCAUUACCCACCGCUCUGCACCCCUCUGUUCUCCCCGCAACCGCACUCUCCUCCCCCCUUCGCAGGCGCGCAUGCUAGCAGAUAUGGAAGAGCGGGUGGGAGGCCUCCUCCAACUCACCUUCGAGAGCUACAAAUCGCUCAGCGAGGCUUCCCCCUCCGCUUCACCCAUUGCCCACUUCCCCCCACCACCCCCCACCUCUCUGCAGCCCUCUGUUCUCAUCCCACCCCAGGCACGCAUGCUAGCAGAUAUGGAAGAGAGAGUGGGAGGCCUCCUCCAACGCACCUUCGAGAGCUACAAGUCGCUCAGCGAGGCUUCCCCUUCAGGCAUCGCCAACUCCUCUGCACCGCUACCCACAUCUCUGCACCCCUCUGUUCUCCCCCACCCCAGGCGCGCAUGCUAGCAGACAUGGAGGAGAGAGUAGGAGACCUCCUGCAACUCACCUUCGAGAGCUACAAGUCGCUCAGCGAGGCUUCCCCUUCAGGCAUCGCCGACUCUUCCCGUUCCGCCACCCACCUGUGUGCCUCCCUGGGGCGAUCGCUGGUGGGGGCAGAGGCGGCAGCGCUGGUGGCGCCGGCGAUCCCCCCUGCAGUGCACCUGUUUGGGCUGCUGAACGACCUGUUGCUGCCAGAGGUGCAGCAGCAGUUCUGCGGUUACCUGCAGGUGAGCCUGGGGUAUUACUGGGAGCAGGGGUGUAAGGGCUGGGGAAGGGAAGGGCACUGGGGAGAUCGCUGGUGGGGGCAGAGGCGGCCGCAUGAAAGAAGGAGUGUUUUGAGACGUCUCAAAACACUCAUUCUUUCACGUGGUAUUACUGGGAGCAGGGGUGUAAGGGCUGGGGAAGGGAAGGGCACUGGGGAGAUCGCUGGUGGGGGCAGAGGCGGCCGCACUGGUGACGCCGGCGAUUCCCCCCGCGGUGUACCUGUUUGGGCUGCUGAACGACUUGCUGCUGCCAGAGGUGCAGCAGCAGUUCUGCGGUUACCUGCGGGUGAGACUGGGGUGGGGGUGUUGGCAGAUAAGGGGAGGACACUUGAGAGGCGCAGUGGCAGCAGCAGUGCUGCCAGAAGUGCAGCAGCAGUGCUGCCAGAAGUGCAGCAGCAGUGCUGCCAGAAGUGCAGCAGCAGUGCUGCCAGAAGUGCAGCAGCAGUGCUGCCAGAAGUGCAGCAGCAGUGCUGCCAGAAGUGCAGCAGCAGUGCUGCCAGAAGUGCAGCAGCAGUGCUGCCAGAAGUGCAGCAGCAGUGCUGCCAGAAGUGCAGCAGCAGUGCUGCCAUAAGUGCAGCAGCAGUGCUGCCAGAAGUGCAGCAGCAGUGCUGCCAGAAGUGCAGCAGCAGUGCUGCCAGAAGUGCAGCAGCAGUGCUGCCAGAAGUGCAGCAGCAGUGCUGCCAGAAGUGCAGCAGCAGUGCUGCCAGAAGUGCAGCAGCAGUGCUGCCAGAAGUGCAGCAGCAGUGCUGCCAGAAGUGCAGCAGCAGUGCUGCCAGAAGUGCAGCAGCAGUGCUGCCAGAAGUGCAGCAGCAGUGCUGCCAGAAGUGCAGCAGCAGUGCUGCGGUUACCUGCAGCAGCGAGGCGGCGGUGCCGGCAGCACCUGUCAGAAACCGACGAGUAUGUCAACGGCACGUUCUGCGUGCUUGUCUUGCGUUCUCACCUUCCCCAUUCUCCACUCCCUUCCCACACAGACAGCAGCGAGGCGGCGGUGCCGGCAACACUCCAGCGCGGCGGCGGUGCAGGCAGCACCUGUCAGAGACCGACGAAUACGUCAACGGCACGUUCUGCCUUGGCACUGGGGGCAGCACCAUGCAGGCACAGGCGCAGGGGCAGGCGGGCAUGGGGUGCAGUCCGGGGGGAGGCAGGGGGAGAGGGGGAGGGGGCCCGGGGGGAAUGGGGGCAGGGGGAAUGGGGAGGGGGGCAAUGCGGGGAGGGGAAGGGGGGGAUAUGGAGGAGCAGAGGGAGGCGUAUGGGAGCAUGCGACUGGCAUGUGUGGCCAUGUGGCGGGAGGUGCAGGCGGAUAUUGGCAUUCACAACCAACACAUCCUGCCCAGCUUCGUGGACUUACCCGAGUUGACAGCUGGCGUGUACAUGGUGGAGCUGCAGCGGCGAGUCAACCAGUUCCUGCUGGCAGUGCCACCUCAGCACCCGCUGCCACAUGUCAAGAACCUGCUGCACGCCACUGCUGACGUGGAGGACAGGCUCAUGCUGUGGGGCGUGGGCAAGGUGCCUGGGGGGCUAGACGCCAGGGAGCUGUUUGGAGUGUACGUGGAGGCAUGGAUCAGAGAGCGCACCCACACCCUCAUGGACGUCUGUCGAGCUCCCAAGGUGUGUGCUGCCCCUUUUCUACUCUCCACGUGCUCCCUCCUACUCUCCUCUUUCUCCUUCGUUUGUUUCCUCUUUAUUGUGCUCCUCGUUUACCUCCUCUUCACCCAUUUUCUUCCUCAUCACCCAUUUUCCUCCUCUUCCUCUGCCUUCUCUUCCUCCUCCUGCUCUUCCAUCCUCGACUGGACUGCCACGCCGCCCGUCAUGAAGGAGGGGUACGGCAUGGAUUCAUCAGCAGCAGGCGUGUGUGCAAUGAGCCCAUCCCAUGAAGUCUCUCUACUUUUGAGGCGCCUCAAAAGUCGUCUCUCUACCGCUGAGACUUCUCUUGGUCCCUUCCCCCCUUCCAUCUGCCUCCCCUCAGCGGGCGUGGGCGGUGCUAGCUCCCAUGUCAGACCGCAACGCUACCUCACCAUUCAACAACAGGUGGUCGGCAGGUGGUCGUGGGCGGUGCUAGCACCCAUGUCGGACCGCAACGCCACGCCACCAUUCAUGGAGGAGGUGUACGGUGUGAUCAACAGCGUGCUAGUCCACUGGGCAGUCCUGGCGCCAAUGUCAGACCGCAAUGCCACGUCGCCUUUUAUGGAGGAGGUGUACGGUGUGAUCAACAGCCUGCUGGACGAACUGGAUUCGGUGCUGGGGCGAUGGCCGCAGUACACGCUUCUGGUGGAGGAGGCGGUGUGCGAUGUGGAGCGAGCAGCCAUUUCAUCCCUCGCCUCUCACUUUCAGAACUUCCUCCUCCUCCUCAACACCCCCUCCUCCUCCUCCGCCCCCUCUUCCACAAAAAAGAAGCUUCUUGGAAUGCUGUCCCGCCGUCGCCCCACACUCGCGUACCAAGUUCCCAUUGAGCUGGGCGUGUAUCUCAACACCAUCAAGCGCAUGCUCGAGACCCUCCGCCCAAUAGUGGAGGGAGCUGAGGACAGGCAAAUGGCUGGGCGUGUAUCUCAACAUGAUACCCAGCUAGGCCUCACCACAUCGCAGAAGCGAGUGCCUCACCACAUCGCUGAAGCGAGUGCUCAAGAAGGCCCAUUCCUUAUGGAACCUCACAACACCCAGCUGGGUCGAACCACAUCGCUGACGCGAGUGCUCAAGGAGGUGCAUUCCUUUGAAAUGCGCCCUCUCUUUCCCUCCCCUUCCUCCCUUUCCCUCCUCCACCUCUCCCCUGCAGACCCAGCUGGGUCGAACCACGUCGUUGAAGCGAGUGCUCAAGGAGGUGCGCCCACAGGCAGGCGACGACAUGACCUCCAAGCUGCAGCCACUGUCCGCGCUCAUAGGGUCGCUGCUAGCGCAGGUGACGACAUGAUCUCCAAGCUGCAGCCACUGUCCGCGCUCAUAGGGUCGCUGCUAGCGCAGGCAGGUGACGACAUGAUCUCCAAGCUGCAGCCACUGUCCGCGCUCAUAGCCCAGGCUGAUGCAGUGCUGAGCAGCCGUGUGUUUGUGAGAACAGCAAGGGGCCUGUGGGACCGGCAUGGGAGGGAGGCUGACGCAGUGUUGAGCAGCCGUGUCUUCGUGGGAACAGCAAGGGGCCUGUGGGACCGGCAUGGGCGGGAGGUGCUGCACUUUCUGGAGAAGAGGAGGGAGGGGGUGUCGUGGUUUAAGAGCGCUUCUGCUGCUAUCACACUCGAUACGCUGGACAAUCUGUUCACCCAGCAAAUGCAGCGCCUGCAGGGCCACGCGCUCAUGGAGAGAGACUUGGAGCAUUCGCCUCCCCUGGCCUUUCCAAAUACGCACGCCUCCGCAUCCAAACAUACCUUCCCUUCAUGCCACCCUUCCCACUUUCCGUCCCCCCACCCACCCUCCCAUCAGACGCUGGACAAUCUGUUCACCCAGCAGAUGCAGCGCCUGCAGGGCCACUCACUCAUGGAGAGAGACUUGGAGCCGCCGCGAGCCAUCUGUGACGCCCGGGGGGUGCUGUCUAAGGGAGGUGCACCUGCCGCCACUGCUAGAGUGCAUGACUCCCUCUCCCUCUACUGA